UUGAAAUGAAAAACUCAGAACUUGCACAGAAGAAAACCAUCAUGACCGAAGAUGAAGCGGUGAUUGUGGUGGUUUCAUCCCGGAUCUCCUUCCCUGAAAGAGGAGGAGCGGCUCUCCAACGCGUUUCAUCAAAUAUGAGUAUGGAGGAAGACGAGACGAAGAUGAGCAAAGAGGAGUUAAGAAAGUGGAUCAGGAUGAACAUAAACAAGAGCGGGCUGCUCCCCCCAGGUGUUCGACAGAAACACCACGAGCUGCAGUCACUGCUGGAGAGGAGAAAGAAAAUGGCCGCCAAUCUACUGAAGCUCCAAGAGUCUGUGGCAGCGUGUGAAACGAUUGUGCGGAAACAGUACUCGUUGCUGGGAUGGGAGUACAGAGACACAGAUUCUGAUGAUGACAAGAGUAGCGGUGGUGGCAGUGGACAUGUCCCUCCAUCUCCGUGUGAGUCUGUUCAAUCUGGGACUCAAGCCCGUCUUUCUCCAGCUGUUACUGGCUGUAAUCCUCUGUUACCAAAGAAAGAGGGCAGUGAGAAUCCGCCUAGAAUCAGAAAGCGUUUUCGAAUGAAGGAACUAGUGGUGGUCUUGACCAGACUGCCUGAAUGGCAGAUCCGUGAUCUACGUCCACCAACACCUCCAAUGUCCACCAGUGGAGAUGAAAGCUUGGGCGAUGCAAGUUCUGAUGACAGUUGGGAACCAGAAAAAGAAUCCAGUGAUUUAGAUUUGGAAAGUAAUAACUCUGGAUCCAAGAAGAGGAGGAAAAUGUAUCAUGCGCCCAAGAAAAAACACGUGAAAAGGGAGAAAACCUGCAUUAAAAGUGAUCCUGGGAGCAUCAUUGACACAUUGAAAUCCCGAGCUAAGAAACAUAAGCAUAAGAAACGUAAGCAAGAGGGAAAAAAUGCAACGAAAGAAUUGUCUCCGCCUGCAAACACCAAAGCUCUCUGCCGAUCUUCUGAUGACGCCACUAAUGACCCUCCCAGUGUUCCUCAAGCAGAGCUCAGUGUGAACAUGAAAGUCCUGGCCAGGAGGAGGCCCAUGAUCUGGCAACGUGGGAAGAUCGCCGAAAUACUAAUGAAGGAAGAUGGGAGGUUGAAAUACAAGGUUAAUUUUGAAGGGAAGGGGAAGAGCCUUGUGUCUGCUCACCACAUCGCCUUGGGACCAGUGUCAAGUGUGAGGCAGCUGUUUGUCGGUGCUCGUGUUGUCAUCAAGUCUAAAGCUGACCGGAACUUCUACUACCCUGGAGUCCUGGCAGAGCUGCCGAGCAGGAAAAACAGAAUGAGGUUCCUGGUCUUUAUUGACGAUCACACUCCGGUCUACGUUCACUUAUCUGGUAUUCACCUAGUGUGCCGACCACUGUCGAACCCUCUUGAUGAUAUUCCAGACGACGCCCACAAGAAUUUCAUGGAGUUCUAUUUGAAUAGCUGGCCUUACCCACUGCUGACCCGUCAUCCGAAGGGAGAUAUCAUCGAAGCGGAACAUAACGGCGUCCAGAAGAAGUGUGAGGUGGUGAUGGUCGACUGUAGCUUGAUCCUGGUUGUUUUUCAGGAGGAUCAACAUAAGGAGUGGAUCUACCGAGGCUCCAUGCGCUUGAAACACAUGAUAACGAUGAGGCAGCAGAUGGAGUUGGAAAAGAAGAAAAGUGACCAAUCUACCACAACCAACCUCUAAAACAACACAUGCAGUGAUCUCUGGUGUUCUACUCGUCUCAUGCAUGUUGAGACUCACAGGUGCUAAAUGGUUCUUCCUGGCUGUAAUGGCGGCCAGUCGUGAAGCAUUAUUGUAUUUAAUUUGUAAUUUUGUGUCUGUGUCUUCCUAAAUAAAAACAUUAUUUACA